CCCUCGCAGAUUGACGGCAUUCUGAACAGCAUUGUGUCCAUCAUGAUCACGAUACCCCUGGAUCGCGGUGAGAACAUUGUGCUGGCCUACUGCGAGAAGAUGACCAAGGCUCCCAAUCUUCCCCUGGGCAAGGUGUGCCUCCAGUCGUUGUGGCGUCUGUUCAACAAACUGGACACCGCCUCUCCCCUACGCUACCAUGUGUACUACCAACUGGUCCAGGUGCUGGAGGUCUUCUCAGGUGUGGAUCAGCUGAAGUCCCAGUUUGCCAACUGCUCACCUUCGUCGGAACAGAUGCAGAAGCUGUACCGCCUGCUGCACGACGUGACCAAGGACACCAACCUGGAGCUGUCUUCAAAGGUUAUGAUUGAGCUGCUGGGCACCUACACGGCGGACAAUGCUUGUGUGGCCCGUGAGGAUGCCAUGAAGUGCAUUGUGACUGCCUUGGCCGACCCCAAUACAUUCCUGCUGGAUCCUCUGCUGUCGCUGAAGCCUGUGCACUUUUUGAAAGGCGACCUCAUCCACGACCUGCUGUCCAUCUUCGUGUCCGAUAAGCAGCCAGCGUACGUGCAGUUCUACGAGGAUCACAGGGAGUUUGUCAACUCGCAGGGAUUGAACCAUGAGCAGAACAUGAAGAAGAUGCGUCUGCUGACCUUCAUGCAGCUGGCCGAGAGCAGCCCGGAGAUGACAUUCGAAACGCUAACCAAGGAGCUGCAGAUCAACGAAGACGAAGUUGAGCCCUUCGUCAUCGAGGUGCUGAAAACAAAGCUGGUACGCGCACGUUUAGAUCAGGCCAACCAAAAGGUACACAUUUCAUCCACAAUGCACCGAACCUUCGGAGCUCCACAAUGGGAGCAGCUUCGCGAUCUGCUGCAGGCAUGGAAGGAGAACCUAAGCACAGUGCGAGAGGGUCUAACGAGCGUCUCGCAAUUGGACUUGGCUCGAUCCCAGAAGCUGAUACACUAGGCCCACCACUUCCAAAAA